UAUCGAGCGCUCCCUCCUCUCGGAGCAGAGCGGACGGAAUGCAGCUAGCUCCGUUAACGGUAACGGCUUUAUUUACACGUUUGUGCUCCUCACCGGCGAUGACAUGAAGCACCGUCAGGCGGCCGGUGUGGGAGUCAGCCGGAGCUAACGGCCACCGGUGUUGCUGUGCGGCGGGAAGCCCGGUCCGGUGUCGGUUUGUUGUUCGAGGUUAGCUUCCUGAGCUAGCUAGCUGCCUGCUUCUUUUAACGCUUUACCGGGAGUUAGCCUCGGAGGAGACCGAUACCCGCCGCCCGCUCACAGCCACGGUUAGUCUGCCCCCGGACCGCCCCGCAGCAUGCACGGAGGAGGGCUCCGGUAGGACGGACACAGCCGGUAACACGGCAGCGGAUGAAGCUAACACCGGGCCCGAACACCAGCACUCCGCCUCCCUCCCUCCCGGUCUCCCGGUCUCCCGGUCUCCGUCCUCCCUCUUCAUGAUCGACAUGGAGCCUCCCGCCCUCAACCCGCUGCCUCAGUUCCCGGAGAACUCCUACAAGAUGACGGAGGAGGAUGUGAAGAGGCUGAUUGAGUUCAGGGCCUCCAAUGAAGCUCUGUUCACAGGGAAGAGGAACUCUGCCAAGAUCGCCUGGAGCACCAUCCUGAAAGGUCUUGGCCUCGAAGGGAAGCUCACUGCCGACCAGAUUGCCAAAAAAUGGGACAACUUGCGAACAAAAUAUAAGGACCUGAAGCAGCCCUACCAGGGUCAGGACCACAUCGGGGGCGUGGUGGAGUCGUGGCCCUGGUUCCACAUCAUGGACGAGGCCAUGCAGGGCCGCCUCUACAACAGCAACCUGGUGCUGAGUCCGGAGAACGCCGCCAACGCUGCUCACCGCACCAACAGCCAGCCGAGCCAGACCCAGGAGAACACCGACAUCCUGGAGUUCCUCAUCAAGACGGAGAUGGAGGACACGGUGACGGCGGAGACGGCCGAGGACGACGGGACGGUCCACGCCGAGGCGGCACCCAUCGAGGGCGUCCCGAUGGGCUGGAGGAGGAUGUCCGAGUGCUCGUACAAAAUGACCGAACCAGAAACAGAGAGGAUGAUCAAACUUCGAGCUGCAAACGAAGCUCUCUUCACUGGGAGGAAACAUUCAGCCAAACCGGCCUGGAGAGCCAUUCUGUAUGAGUUGGGUCUUCAGGGGAAACUGACCACAGACCAGUUGGCUAAGAAGUGGGACAACCUGAAGAGGAGAUAUAAGGAGCUGAAGUUUCCUGCUCGCGGCGUGGAGACCAACCCCAGCUCGUGGCCGUGGUUCUACCGCAUGAACGACGCCAUGGAGGGACGCUUCGCCGGCGCCGCCCCCAUCCUCACGCCCAUCGUGGAGGACGAGGACGAGGACUGCGAGCCGCUGUCGUCCACGCCGAAGAAACGAGCCCGCCGGAGCCGAGGGGGGAUGGCCGAGUUCCUGACGGAGUCCGAGAUGGACCUGCUGGUGGACAACGAGGAGAAGAACGGGUCGACGGCGCUGGGGGAGCUCCACCGCAUGGCCGAGUUCACCUACAAACUGACAGAAGACGACACGAGGCGACUGAUCGAGCUACGAGCUGCUAACGAAUCUUUAUUUACAGGGAGGAGGAACACCGCCAAGCCGGCCUGGAGGGGAAUCGUGAAGGAGAUGGGACUGACAGGGAAGAUCACACCAGACCAGGUCGCCAAGAAGUGGGACAACCUGAAGACCAAAUUCAAGGACCUGAAGUUUCCUCCCAGGGGGAUGGAGGGCCAGACCAACCCGGCCUCCUGGCCCUGGUUCCAGCUGAUGAGCGACGCUCUGGAGGGACGUCUGGUGGGGAAAGCUCCCAGGGUGACGCCGGUCUGGACCAACGAGGAGGACGGCGUGUUCGGCUCGUCUCCGCCCGCCGACCGGGACUGUCUGAUGGCCGAGAGGGGCAGCGUGUCGGAGCUGGAGAGCAUGGUGGGCGGAGACAACGCCGAGGCCGACGGGAACGUCACCUACAUCGACGCCAGCGGGGAGGAGUGUUCGACGCUCUCUGACCUCACCUAUAAGAUGACGGAUCAGGACACCAGGAAGAUGAUUAAACUUCGAGCUGCUAACGAGGCGUUGUUCACCGGGAGGAGAAACGCUGCCAAAGCUGCCUGGAAAGCCAUCCUGAAGGAACUUGGGCUGCAAGGGAAGGUUUCCACCUACCAGAUGGCAAAGAAGUGGGACAAUCUGAAGAGGAGAUACAAGGACCUGAAGUAUCCUCCCGUUGGGAUGGAGAGUGUAGCGGACGGCGCCUCCUCCUGGCCGUGGUUCCACCUCAUGAACGAAGCCAUGGAGGGCCGGUUGGCGAGCAGCGCCCCCCUCCUCACCCCCGUCACCCAGGACGACGACCAGCACCCCGACCCUGCCCCCCGACACAGGCCCCGCCCCCUGCCACCCCCUCCUCCUCCUCCCCCCUCCUCCUCCUCGGACUACGGACAGGACUCGUUCGCCGACGCUGCGGACCAGAACCAGCGCGGCCCGGAGGCCUGCGACGGGCCGCUGGGCGGGCUGGAGCGGGAGUGGGAGAUGGUGGAGAGGGAGAGGGCGGCGCUGGAGCGGGAGAGGGAGAUGGUGGAGAGGGACCGGGCGGCGGUGGAGAGGGACCGGGCGGCGGUGCAGGCCGAGCGGCUGUGGCUGGACCGGGAGAGGGCGGCGGUGGAGCGGGACCGGGCCAUGGUGGAGCAGGAGAGGGCGGUGCUGGGCCGGGAGAGGGAGGUUCUGGACCAGAGAGCCCUGAUGCUGAACUCUGUGGGGCACUCUGGACACCUCAACACCCUCAUGUAGGCUCUGGGGGGGCGUGGAGCGUCCCUGUACAGAACUCCUGUUGGUCCUGGAUGGACCUGCUGCACCUCUGGAUCCAGAUGCUGCAGCUGCUGGUCUUCCACACGGAGCUGGUGAAGGACUGAGCUCGCUGGGGGGCUGGUCCUGGACAUGUGCACCUCCAGGGGGGUCGACGUCUGAACAGAAGAGCUGCACAACUCAACAGUCGAGAGGUUUAACGUUACGUUUAAUGACAGAAAAGCUUUUUGUUUACACGACGGCCUGAGUCGCAUCUUUACACUUUCCGCCUUUUUCCUUCGGUUUUCUGCUCAUGAUUCAACUCUGAGAGGAAGAACACAUCUCCAGUUCAAGAUUCUCCUCAAAAAAAGAAAACUAUCAAUUCAUCACAUUAAUUUUAAGUCACUUUAAUGGUUCCUUUCAGAUCUGAGGUCUGUACUACGAAGCAAGAUUAAUUACAUAUCAGAUAUUUAGACUCUGAAGUUUUCAGUUUCAUGAUGGUGACUCUGUUUAAACCUGCUAGAUCACCAUGGUAACUGAUGCUGCAUCCCCCAGGUCAGGUUCUGUUCAGAGUUUAAGUUUUAAAUCAGCUGUAAGAAGCGACUCCCUUUGACCAGUUUGUUCCCUGAUGAUGCUCUGAUCGCUUCAGUUUUAUCUGCAAACCUGUUGAGCUGAAAGUUAUUGUCGUGCUGCUGCAGGAACCUACAUGGAUUUAGUUAGUGUUCCUCUUGUCUAACAUGUUGUUGCUUCAUUUUGUGCAGAAGAAGAAUCACAUGACACUUCCUUUUAUGUUAACCUGCACUAAAGAGUCUAAAAGAUGAAUCUCUUGUUAACAAAGAGAGUCAGGAACCGCCAUCAUCUCUGACUGGAUUUUUAGCUUUUCUUUAUCCAGUUAACACAAAAAAGUCUGGAUUUGUCAAACUUGCUUCGUUGUGAACCUCUCAGAUCCUGGAUCAACUGGUAGCACACAGUAAAAAAACAUUUUUUUUUCAGCAAAGAUCCAUUUUAUUUAGCAAGUUUAGGAUUGUUUUCCCAUUAAACAUUUGAUUUAAAUGGAACAGGAACAGAAUAGUGCAAAGAAAAGAAGCUUAAAAAUGAGGAGCAUCAUUCCUCUAUCUUGUCCUUGAUGUCACCUUUGGUUUGCACCAAACUGACCAAUUUUGGUGAAGUUUUAAGGGUCAAACGUUGGUUUAACAUGAUUAAAAUUGGGUUGUUUUAAUUACUUGCAGUAUUUUUACUUGGUCCUGAUGCUUGAUUUGAGGACUAUAGAGUCAAAUUUGCCUAUUGGUAGAGGCAUCUUAGGCCAGAAAGUCUGAAUUUGUCCGUCUUGCUUCGUAGUAAACCUCUCAGAUCCUGGAUCAGCUGGUAGCAGACAGAUUAAACACAGUUUUCAGAGGGUCUGAGCAGCCGGACAGGAGGAAUCCAGGGUGAAAACACCAUGAAGCUAUCGACGCUCAUGUUAGAUUUUAUUUUUAUUUACUGUUAUUGAACCUAGAAGUCUCGUACGCACAGUUUGUCUGCCUGAAACCUGCAGCUCAGGAGCGUUUUAAGAGUAUAUAUUAUGGUACAUGUGCAGGUUUUUUUAACUCACAACAACUUUUAUGCCCCUUUCUCUGCCUGUGUUGGAAAAUCACGCAACAAAUAACCAAGAAAACACUAAAAAUUGCCAACAGACACCCACAAACUCGAGGAUCCCGUAGAGUUUGUCGAUAAAAACUGUUCUGAUUGUGCAGCUCGGCCCGUUCAGACGUCUGAGUCCAGACGAGGAGUUUCUUACUGGUGUCUGGAGGUUCACACCAGUGUUCCCAGUUAACCACCCUGCAUGUAGACUAAACAACCAGGACGAACCACUCUGGACCGACGACCUCCUCGCAGAAGGUUCCAACUCAUCAAUAAACGCUCUGAAAUCCACCCAACAGACGCCCGAACAGACAACUUCCUUCUUUGUAUUUAUUUAUGUCAUAUUUUUAAUUUAAAGUCGGCUUCAGUUCUUCUCGUUGUGUGUAAAUGUUGCGUUGGAGUCACAGAAAAACUUCUAAAACUGAGCUUCUGAAUACAAUCAUGACACUAAAAACGAAAAAAUCAAUCACCAAGUUAUGUUUUGAUAAUAGAUAAAACAGUUUGAGUACAUUUUUAUUUAAAAAAAAAAAAAAAAAAAAACAUCUAAAGUCUUUAAUUUCAGCUUCUUAAAUGUGAAUAUUUUCAUUUCUUUCUCCUCUAUGAUGAUAAACUGAAUAUGUUAAAUUUUUGAUUGAUUUUCACCAUUUUCUUACAUUUUAGAGACAAAAAAAAUAAUCGAAUAUUCCAGAAAAUAAUUUACAGCAUAAAAAAAAUCCACCUGUGAAACACCAGUUUGAUAUCAGACCGAACUGUUUCCAUUUUAAUUCAUGUUCUUUUAAACGCAGAAUAAAUGUAUGUAGGUCUCAUUUACUACAGAAAAGAAUAAGAAAAUAAAAGUUUAUAUUACAUUAUUGACAGGAAAAAUUAGUAAAAAAAAAAGUUAAAACAUGUUAAUUAGAGCAUUUAAAAUUCAAAAACAUCAGCUAGAAGUCAAAUAAGAUGAAAUUAAAAGCCUGAAUUUCCCAAAAAGAUAAAAAAUAAUGUGUCUGUCGCAACAUUUAAAAGAUUUAAACAAAAUACAGAAGCCAUAAUAAUGAUAAUUUGAACUUUCCUCAUGUAGAACUUUCCUAAAAGAGUGUAAAUAAAACUGCAAAUCUACUUAAAUAUGAGAAAAAUAUACAUACAAACAUCUUUUUGUUCAGUUUGUAUGUCGGCUAGAUAACAAUAUUACAAAAUAAAAUUUAAAAAAUAUUAAUUAGAGCAUUUAAAAAACAAAACAAGUAAACAUUAAAACAAGAGCAACUGGAAGUCAGUUUAGAUUCAUUUAAAAUAAAAAAAUCAACUUGAAACAGAAUUUCAAGCAGAAUACAGAACCCUUAUAUAAAAUGUCUCUGAAAUUGCCUUAUAGUAAACAUAGAAAUUAAAUAAACAAUUUAGAAGAUAAAAAAUGCACAAAAAUGAACAAUUUUGUAUUUUGGCUGUAAUUUUUUUUAUGUUUAAAAGGAAAAAUGGAUUUUUUGGUUUUUAUUUUCAGUAAAAUCAGAUGUUUUACUGUGACUCUAAAUGUUUGAGGUGAGCAGACGGUGAAGCUUUGCAGCGUUUUUUAUUUUUUUAUUUUUCUCUCAGUCACUUUAAAAAAACACCUGAAUGUUUUUUACACUCGUGUAAAGUUGCCUUUUGUUUCUGUCUCUGUGCUGUUUGUCUGACGUGGAAAAAAAAGAUGCAGUCGAGGAUUAAAGUUCAGUCCUGAAAACGGUUUGAUAACACGA